AUGGAUUUGAAAGCCUGGAGGUUUACAAAAGCCAGCUGCCUAAAAGCCAUCUGGAACUGGAGAUUUCAGAGAGUGGUCUUCAGAACCACCCAACUCUUCUGCUUCAGUGCCCUGAUCUCUGAGCUAAUUAAUCAGAAAGAAGUGGCAGCAUGGACCUAUCACUACAGCAACAAAUCAUAUUCAUGGAAUUAUUCCCGGGCAUUCUGCCAGAAGUACUACACGGAUUUAGUAGCUAUCCAGAAUAAAAAUGAGAUUGCUUACCUCAAUGAGGCCAUACCUUACUACAGUUCUUACUACUGGAUUGGGAUCCGAAAGGUCAACAAUCAAUGGACCUGGGUGGGAACCAAAAAGACUCUCACCGAGGAGGCUGAGAACUGGGCUGACAACGAGCCCAACAACAAGAAGAACAACCAGGACUGCGUGGAGAUCUACAUCAAGAGUUCGUCAGCCCCUGGCAAGUGGAAUGAUGAGCCCUGCGGGAAAAAAAAGCGGGCACUGUGCUAUACAGCCUCCUGCCAGGAUAUGUCCUGCAGCAAGCAAGGAGAGUGCAUUGAGACCAUCGGAAACUAUACCUGCUCCUGUUACCCUGGAUUCUACGGACCAGAAUGUGAAUAUGUCACAGAGUGUAGCGAAUUUGACCUCCCUCAACACGUGCUCAUGAACUGCAGUCACCCUCUGGGAAACUUCCCUUUCAACACACAGUGCAGCUUCCACUGCGCUGAAGGGUACACACUGAAUGGACCCAGCGAGCUGGAAUGUUUGGCUUCUGGAAUCUGGACGAGUACGCCUCCACAGUGUGUAGCUGUCCAGUGCCCACCCCUGCAGUCUCCUGAGCAAGGAAGCAUGACCUGUUUCCACUCUGCAAAAGCAUUCCAGCACCAGUCCAGCUGCAGCUUCAGUUGCAAAGAGGGAUUUGCAUUAGUUGGGCCAAAGGUGAUGCAGUGCACAGCCUCAGGCGUGUGGACAGCCCCAGCUCCAGUGUGUCAAGCUACACAGUGUCAGCUCCCGGAAGCCCCUAGCAAAGGAACCCUGGACUGUGUCCAUCCCCUCACUGCCUUUGAUGGCUCCAGCUACAAAUUUGAAUGUGAACCUGACCAUCGAGUGAGGGGCUGGGACACACUCUGCUGCACUGGCCCUGGCUGGGGGACUGCACCCUUGCCAACCUUCGAGGCCAUUGCCUGUGAGCCUCUGGAGAGUCCUGUCCACGGAAGCAUGGAUUGCUCCCUGUCUUCGAGAGCAUUUCAGUACAACAGCAACUGUAGCUUUCAUUGUGCUAAGGGUUUCACACUGAGAGGAGCUGACACAGUUCGAUGUGCUGAUUUGGGACAGUGGACAGCGCCAGCCCCAGUCUGUCAAGCGUUGCAGUGCCAGUACCUUCCAGCCUCAAACAAGGCCCAGGUGAACUGCUCCCAUCCCUUUGGUGCCUUUAUGUACCAGUCGACCUGCAGCUUCACCUGUGAUGAGGGCUUUCUCCUGGUGGGAGCAAGUGUGCUGCAAUGCUUGGAUACGGGGAACUGGAAUGCUCCUUUUCCAGAAUGCCAAGCCGUUACCUGCGCAUCUCUCCCAAACCCUCAGAAUGGAACAAAGACCUGUGUCCAGCCUCUUGGAGAUUCCAGUUAUAAGACCACAUGCCAGUUCACCUGUGAUGAGGGAUUCUCUUUAUCUGGACCGGAAAGAUUGGACUGUACUCCAUCUGGACACUGGACAGAUUCCCCACCAAUGUGUGACGCCAUCAAGUGUCCAGAACUAUCUGCCCCAGAGCAGGGAAGCCUGGAUUGUCCUGACACUCAUGGAGAAUUCACUGCUGGCUCCACCUGCCAUUUCUCCUGUAACGAGGGCUUUAAGCUGGAGGGGUCCAGCCAUGUUGAAUGCUCAGCUUCUGGAAGAUGGACGGCACCCCGACCGACCUGUGACGACAUAGUAUCAGCUCCUACUGUAGAGGUGCAAUGCACAUCCCUCGUCACUCCAAAACAAGGAACAAUGUCCUGUCAGCAUCAUCUGGGAACCUUUGGUUUGAAUACCACUUGCCACUUUGGAUGCAAAGUUGGAUUCACACUCAUGGGAGAUAGUGCUCUCCGAUGCAGACCUUCUGGACAAUGGACAGCAGUAGCUCCAGUAUGCAGAGCUGUCAAAUGCUCCAAGCUACAUGUUACUGAGCCAAUAGUGAUGAACUGCUCCAACCCUCGGGGAAAUUUCAGCUAUGGAUCAACCUGCAGCUUCCAUUGCCCAGAGGGUCGUUUACUUAGUGGCUCAGCGAGAACAGUGUGCCAAGAGAAUGGCCAGUGGUCAGCUAUCAUGCCAGCGUGCCAAGCGGGGCCAUUGACUAUCCAGGAAGCCUUGACUUAUUUUGGUGGAGCAGUGGCUUCUACAACAGGUUUAGUGACGGGUGGGCUCCUCCUGGCUCUGCUAAGAAAGCGUUGCAGACAAAAAGAUGAAGGAAAAAGCCCCUUGAACCCUCAAAGCCACCUAGGAACAUAUGGAGUUUUUACAAAUGCUGCAUUUGACCCAAGCCCUUAA